CUGCAAUAUUCAGAAUAAUUCAGAACUUGAUGUCUUUAAGCUUGUCUAGUUCUCUAUAUGCUUGGCUCUAUUACUAGUUUUUAGUUUAUUUUUAAUUUUGUUUUACAUUCGCUUUAAGCUUAUUAGCAACUUAAUUUCAAUAGUAGUUUAAUUAUUCUGAUUUCUGAAUUUGUUGGACCGUACAUAAUUGAAUGUUAAGUAGUGACCUUAGAUUCAAUAUAUGCACAAACCUAAUUAUUUGUUACAGUUGUACUUAUGAGGAAUUCCUUCGGUAAAUUAUAAAAUAAACCAUAACGUACCCCGCACACCCAACCCAGCGUGUAGUGUCAACAGACCCAUUAUAUAAACCAGGGAAAUAUUUUCUAAGAACGGUUGUAUGCAAACAUCCUAUAAAAGUGUCGUAAAGCAAUAAAAUCCGAGUCAGAACUUUGUAGCGUUUAGCUUUAUUAUGGACGAUCUCUUCAACAUUUUGACUUUUGCUUUGGGAUUUGUAAAGAAAUUUAUUUCUCAAUUGCUUCUUGAAAGGUAAUUUGGGAUGGAUUUAUUUAUUGACUCGUGUUAUGGGCCCAACUAAAAAAGCACUAAUAUUAAGGUAAAAAUAUAGCAUAAUCUAAAUAGACAUGGUUCUUACCUUUUUUUUAUUUCUAAGAUGGGCUCUUUUAGGCACCGCCUAAUGUGCUAAUAUUAUUUGUCCAUUAUUAGUUAAUUCGAUCCAGAACAAAUUAUGCUGCUCCAUUAUUAUUUAUAGAUUCCCUUGAAUAAUAAUUUAAAAUUUAAGUUGCACUAGUACUAAGCUCUAGUAUGUCAUAAUCCCAAUGGACACGACUUACAACUUCUUUGAUUCGUAGGUCGCCUCGUCUUUUAUUAGCUCUCUGUUGGGCACUCCCAGGACAAUGGUUUUUACUUGUACUGGUGGAUUAUUUGUUGAAAGUGGUGUUGCGGUUCUAAGCUGUUCAGAUUGUAGUGGGAGCAGUACAGCAUCGAGUGACAUUACCGACCCCGGAUCCCCGUUUAGCACUGCCUCAAACCACUCUGAGGACUCCGGGAACGGAACGCACGCCGCCAAAAUGCCGCCCGCCCAGUCCGCCCAUCACCCGCACUGGCCUUGGGCCGCCCAUCAAGCGGAAGACGUAGGAGACGAAGGAGGUAAAGGAGGAUCACCUGUCAAACGAACGCUUAAUGAAAAGAACACUGCCUAUAGUAAGAGAGCGAAGAAUUGCGAGGAGUCGACUGUCAAGAAACAGCUGACUGCGUGUCUGAAUGGUGUGAAAAGUGGAGUGCAGGGAGCGAAAAGUAUGAAUGUUUGUAACAAUAAUUACAAAGGAGCCAAGAAACCUGUCGCCGAACUUAACAGUUCAAAAAUGCAACAAGGAAAAAUAACCGAGUACUUUAAAACUCAAACGAAAUCCGGACUGAGAAAGGACAUAUUAAAAAUUAAGAGUCUCCGUACAGAGGUUCAAGCCCACCAGAUAGUGGUCAAUUCAGCUUUAAAUAAGAGCCAGUGGAAGGUGAAAGCUACGAAACGAAUGCUAGUGGACAAGCCGAGGAAAUACUCGUCUACGCCAAGAAAAAUUCUUCCAGCUCCAAACAAACUGCCAGAAGCCCUUCCAGCUAACAAUCCCCUGCCUAAUAUUCAUCCGUUUGCCCCUACCAUGACCCUGACAGCAGUUAGUUUUCCUCCUAAUUUAACUUAUAUCCCCACAAAAACAGCGAAGCCGGCGGAUAAUAUUUUUGUGCCACAGUUUGCAGCUAUCAGUAACGAUAAGACCCAAACAUGGAGCAACCUAAUCAGCCGCCAACCAGCCACCACCUGCCUGCCCGUACCAGUACAAAAAAUCGCAACCCUAAAUGCCAACUUGAUCAAAGUCAAUGCAACGGUAGUGCCUAUGGUAACAUUGAACGCCUUAGCCAGACCGCCCUCCACCACGACAAACAUCGCCGCCGCCGCAAACGUCACUUUAAGUGUCGACACUGCCUUACCCACGGUGUUGCCGGCGAGGCCAAAAGUGUUGCCGGACAACACCGCCUCGUGCUUCAGCACCUUUGGAAAGCAAUAUAGUAAUAGCAGUAGUAGUAGUAGUCCUACUGAGGUACAAACGGCGUCGUAUGUCAAUGGUGGUCAAACCGAGGAGCCUUAUAGGACCGAAGAGUGCCAGACGCAUCAAGAGGAACAGCCGAGCGAGCCUCCUGACGUCGGGAGGAAGGAGGGAGCAAGUCCAUGUUGGAGUGAAGGCAAUAACCCAGAACGAAUACCAGAACAAAAGUCUCCAUCGCCCGACUCGGAUAGCGGAUUUUCCAGUAGGGGAAGCCUGGAAAUAAGCGUCGAUGAACCGAUUACAGUGGAACCCAAAAAAUCACCCAUUUUGUCACAACCAAAGACAAUCAGGUUUCCUCUGAUAAAGCCAAGGAAAAUCGACGAUGGCCGGGAGUUGGGGAAAAGUCCAGCUCAUUCGAACGACAGUAGAUGUCGCUGGAACGACUGCGUUGCACAAUUCGACACCAGUGGUGCCUUAUUGGAACAUCUUCAGGUAAAACAUGUGAUAUCUCAAUCCCAAGAGAAUAAGGAACAGUAUUUGUGCUUGUGGAGAGGCUGCAAGGUGCAUGGAAGGACGUCGUGCUCAAUCUCCUGGCUGGAGAGGCACGUGUUGGCACAUGCCGGGACCAAACCGUUUCGAUGUAUCGUCGAUGGCUGUGGACAGAGAUUUAAUUCUCAACUUAUGUUAGAACGACACGUAAACAACCAUUUUAACUCAGAUGGCACCCAAAACACCAACACAAAGAAAUCAGUGGAGAACGGUCCUGUAAAGUUAUUUAAAAGGAACGGCCGUAUAAUUAGGUUUAGGCGGCAACCUUGGUCAGCUCGUAUGUUCGAUUUCAUCGACCCCGGAAUCAUGGAGGGUCUACAGCACCGGUUGCUGUGCAUGACUCAGGUGCGCACCUUAGGUCAAAUCGGUAGCGCGGGCGAAGUUGUGCAACUCCGAAGUGAAAUUUUGGCAAGAAGGACCGACUCUAAGGGUGCGAAACAUUUGCUGGUUAGGUGGCAUCCCCAAGAUGUUGCUCCAGACGAAUGGGUCGUUGAAAAAGAGUACAAACCAACAAAAGCUCUCCCGAUCCCGUCGCUGAGCCCAAAAUCCCGAGAAGCGUUAGGCCCCAGCCUGUUCCCGGAAAAUCAGAAGAUCGUUGGGCAAAAACACAGGAGGAAGCCCCUCAAAUCGACGUCGACGUGAUAGCAACUUAGUAGAUAAGUAGAUACCGAGACCGGUUUUGUACAUAAAGUAUUUUCGUUGCCUCCGUUAUUUUGGUUAUAUAGUCUUGGACCUGUAAAAAAGUUUCAAAAUUAGACCAAAAGAGACGCGUUUCCCUUUUAUAUAGUUUUUUAUAAAAUAACAAUAAAUUAUAGUAAAAGCGCCUUGAGUAAUACUAUACUACUUUCAUAGAAGCUGCCGUGAUUAAUAUUAAUCACAGUGAUCGUUUUUCUUAUAAAAUAAUAUAAAUCGAGAAGAGUUGGCACCAGCAGCUUUUUCCUAAUUAAUCGUAUUAUUUAGGCUGAAAAUCAAAACCAAAAAAGUAUUUUUCAUAAUAGGCAUAAAGAAAAUUAGUAAUCUCUUUUAACCGGUGCGAAAAUUGUGCUUUUUGAAUUAAGAGGAAAUCUACCGAAAGCGAAAGUAAUUUGCCUAGACAAGCAAUAUCAAAAUAAUCAGUUAAAAUUAGGUAGUUUUUAGGUAGUAGUAUACUUUGAGAUAUGAAAUAAAUGACUCACAGCUCAGAUGUUUUCCGAAAUUAACAGAAAUUUGGUUAUUUUAAAUGUAUGAUACGCCAAGGAAUUAUCGCUAGUGGCGUGCCCUCAUGAAUUUAUCGCAUAAUACCUUCAGUCCCUAGUCAGCUGUGUUGUUAUUGCUACCUUUAACACCCUAAUUACUGCUGUUUGUUUUUUUUUUAAACUUUAUACUUAAAGCAAAAAACGGAUUGGAAAUUCCUGAAAAUGCUUAAUUGUGCAUAUUCUCUAUGCCUUAAUAUUUCAUUUGUAAAUUGUGCACAAAAAUUAUAAAAUACUUACACUUUUAUUUAUCGAAGUUAACAGAAACCACCUAAAUAGGGCAACGUUAAUACUAUGACAUGGGAUUAAUAGAACUUAAUCUAAAAAUGAACCUAAUUAAGAAUAUUGACUAUAAAAAAUAUACAGUAAUUUCUGGUAGAACCGGAUGCCCUAUAAUCGCUUUAUAUAACAAAAUAUAUUAAAUAUACUUUGCUAAUACAAACUUUAUAUACUUAAUAGAUGUUAAUGCUUUUAUUUUAAAUUAAUAACAAACUUGAGUUAAGCUGGUUGCCUAUAUAAAUCUCAAAAUGCAGGAUAGGCAACUUUCCAAACAAAGGGGUUCACGUGUAAUAAAGUGGGUAAUGAACGUAGUAUACUUAUAUAUCGUUGCCAAAUUUUUCUAUAUAUUUUUUUGAUAUUGCUUGUUUACACAAGGUGUUCAUAAACAUAAUGGUUAAAAAUUUAAAUUUCUCAAAUCUCAGAUAUUCGGUACACCCGACUGAUUUCCACUUGACGCAAAAACAAAAAUUCUUAAUUUUCAUACCCCUUUAAAUGUUGAAACCUAAUUUUUCAAGUCGCUUAUUAUGAAAAAUAAUGCACAUUACUAGUGUCAAAACGGCGGUAAAAAGUUGACAUUAAACUCGUCAUAAAUAACCGUCUUUUUUACCCUUGUUAUGUGACAUAUUAUAUCUUUUACCUGACAAAUUUUCGAAAGACUGCUUACUUUAUUAGAUAUUUAAAAUUAUGUUUUUAAGACUGCAGAGCAUUUUUAGGGUUAAUUUUAAAAUGAAUGGGUUAAAGCUGCUGCUGCACCGAAUUACACGGAUUUUAUCAUACAAAAACUACUAAAUUAGAUGUUAAUUACUAGAAAGCGCACAACUAUAAUGCAGUAAGUAAAUUAUUACACAAACAUUAUCGGAAAAUUGCAAAUUUAAAAAUGAUGUGCAACCUGGUUUUUGUACGAUAAAUGAAAUUGAACUUGAUAAACUGGUGGUUUCGAUAAUGAAUUUGGUGCGAAUAUUUAUUGGGUUUUUGUUUUUUAAAUGAAAACAUUUCCGUUGUGAAAUUAAAACCAGAGCAAAAUAACAUUAUCGGCAAUUUUAAAUGGAUAAUUCACUGUUUGGAAUUGCGUUUGAUUUAAUUUUUGGUAUUUUAAGAAAAUUAGGUUUAAAUUAUAACCAUUGCUUUAUAAUUUUUUAUAAUUAAUAAAAUCGAGUGUUUUUUGUCAUUUUUUGCUUAAAAUGAGUAAAUAUCUUUUAUUUUCAUAUAUGACAUGAAUAAGAAAUUUUAAAUAAAAGUGUUAAUUUAUAUUUUUAAAUUAAAAAUUAAAGUAAUUAAAUGCAAGCUUAGUAAUUACUUAUCAACUAUCUAGUAUUAAUUUAAAUAUCUUAUGUUUGAAUACUUGGAUAAUAAAAUACUAAGAUAUCUGAAUGGUAAAUCAAUUAAUUGGCCUUAAAUACUAAAAUCCGGUAAAUUCUCCAAGAUGAUACAUUUCUACGAGGUGGUUCUUGGAAGCGGAAAUUUAUAAUAAUGUUGUUAUUUGGCAACUAUGAAUUGUGGGCUGUGGAUUGUUUUGUUAAAUUAUCUGUCACUGUAUGUCAGUAACUAUAGAGUAGGUAGUCACCCGGUGAGCAACGUGCUUUUGUGAUUAAACCGUAUACAAUCGUAUUACGAAAGAGUUCCUUCGGCUUAUGCUAUAAAGGAAUCAGUACCUAAAUUUGAAAACAUAGGUUCAGCUGUGUCAAACAUAAGAGACCAAGAAGUACAAGAAUGCCUGAGAACGUCGAUCGCGUUGGAGAAUCUGUAGAGCACGGUCCAAAACGUUCAACACGAAAACGAGCUCAGAAAUUAAACAUAAGUAAGACUCUUUUACUUCGAAUAUUGCACAAAUAUCUCAAUUUUUACGCAUAACAAAUUCAAAUAAUCCAAGCAUUAAAACAACCGGACAUCCUAAAUCGUCUACGUUUUGCUGAAACUUUCCUUAAAGAUGAGAUCGAUAUUCAUUGAUGGAAGUACGAGGGGUACUUCCAUUUAUCUGGCUACACCAACAAAAAAUAUGCCAUCACUGGAGUUUGGAAAAUUCGCAAAAGCUCCACGAAAAACCGUUAUACAGCCCAAAGGUAACAGCAUGGUGUGCGAUAUCAUCAAUGGGAUUUAUCGGUCCCUACUUUUUUGAAGAUGAAAAUGAUAACAUUCUCACGUUCAGUUCCGAGCGUUAUACUAAUAUGAUUAAUCAUUGUUUGAGUCAGCAAUUAAACAGAAUGCCACACAAUAACCAAUCGUGGUUUCAGCAAGAUGGUGCUACUUUACCUACCACAAGAGUGGCCCAAAGAUUAUUUGCGACACACGUUCCAGACGAAGUGAUAUUGACUGGCCUGCAAGGUUACCAGAUAUAACGGCUUGCGAUUACUUUUUGUGGGGCCACCUGUAAAAAGCAAAUGGUCUUCAUUGCUAAACCAAGAAGCAUUCAUGAGCUGUAAAACAAAAUAUUAAAGAUAUUGCUAAUGGUCCCGUUGAUAUGUUGCAUAGGAUUAUGAACAAUAUUCACAAAAGGCUUCAAGAGUGUAUUGAGAGAAGGGAAGGCUAUUUAACUGAAAUUAUUAUUCAAUAAUAAAAAUAGCAUAUAACUAGGUUUUUAUUGUUUUUCUGUCUUUUAUUUAAAUGAAAUUAGUAUUAAAAUCUUAAGGUAAUCAAAACAUCCCGCUCCCAAGGACCCACUUGGAUAUGGCUACCCUGUUCUACAGAAAGUACAACAGUCAACUUUGGGCAUCUCAUAUCAUUUAAGAAAAGACUCUCAUAGGCGCCGAUUUUAGACUUUAGAAGGAAAUAUUUUUUUGUUACUCUUGAGCAUCAACUCCCUAGCGGCAGUAAGACUUAAAAUCUUAAGUAGAAAGAGGGGUCAAAUGAUACCCUAAUUUUAAGAAGAGUUUUAGCUAGAUUAUAACUCCCUAGUUUUAUAUCAGUACUGUCUCCAUAGUGGUGACCUUUUAUUACGAUUGUUGUUUUCUUAAAACUAACUAGUUAGUCAAGUAAAUGCUGGAAAUGCUGACGCGAAACCACCAUAUAAUAGUGGAGGAUUAGUUCUAAAUGCUUGUGCAGUGAUUUAAUAAAAUUCAUCAGUUAUCUGCUGUCGCCGAUCUUCUAAUGAUGUGGACUGUUUGGCAUACUUUUUUAAGUCUUAUAAAGAAUUUACAGUAUUAGACCCGGAGAACGUAGGCUCAAUACUUCUUCUUUUGAUUCAUUGACCUUUGAUCGAAAUACAAAGAAUCUGUGCAAAAUAAGGUGGUGCAAAGUCUUACUGGAAUAUUAAGUUAUUUCUUUGUACUGGUUCUCAAUCAACUCACUAAUUCCGGAUAAAUAACAUUUUCUAAUAACUCUAAAUAUAUUUCUGCUGUUAAAUUUCCAGCUAAUAAAACGGACUAAUUAUACGGUUACCAAAAUGCCAGCUCAAACAUUUGCAGUUUCUCCUCAUGGAAUAUUUUGGGAUAGGAAUCGAACCAGGAACAACAGUUUUAUUGACGAUUCACCGCAUAAUUAAAAAAGUGCAUUCGUCAGAAAAUACACGCUGAUGCGAGGUAUUCCUCGUUCAGUCAUAAUUUCACAUAAUUCCACCCGCCUAUUAAAAUCGUUUUCUUUAUGUUGUUUCGGAUCUGUUUUGUAUGGAUAAAAAUUAUGUUUUUUCAAUCUUUUCUGAUUGCUAAUUCUCUUAACCCUUUUAAUCACCAGUUUAUCUUGAUAUAUCAUUUGUCAGAUGACUUAUGACAUGUCGUUGACAUGCGACAUAAAAAGCUAAUGUUGUUUAGUAUAUUGGAUCUUAUUUUCUUCGGCUAUGCUAUCCUCAAGCUGAAGAUUUGUUUGUUUAGUAGAAACUUUGGGUGGAUUUAAAUCAGUGGUUUCGGUUGUUAUCUGUUUUUCAAUUAAUGCAUCAUCUCAUCUAUGUCAUCUAUUUCGCAUUCACUAUCGAACUCUAAGCAAACAUCGUUUGGAUUUCCGCAAUACAUCUUUAUUAUCCGAUAAACCCAAAUUUCACAUUUCUCGCCUUAGGAAGAAGAAACAUUUUCUAUUUUUUUAUGUAUAGUAAGUAAAACAAUUGGUUAGCUUCUAUAUCCCCAAGUAAUAUUAUCCAUUUAAAUGAACAUACAUUCUAAUGUAUGUCAUUUUAUAAGAUGGUGACAUUCUUGUACUCACUGUGGAUUCUUAAACAACAUAUUCUAAAAACGCUCUUCAUUUACUACAAGAUUUUCCAUUUUACGUUUUUGUUAGGUACUGAUUCUGUCCAAGCCUCUUUUCGUAAAUAACGUUGAGAAAGUCCAAAAUUGCCUGUUUCGUUUACAAAUUCGCUACAAAGGCCAUCUUGUAUAAUUUAAUAAGUUUUUUUAUAAAUAUUUAAAAACUACGAUUUUAAAUACGAUAUGUUACUAAAGAAAUAUAUAUAAACUUUUAUUAAUUUAAAAUUAAAUUUAUUAUUCAUUCUUAUAAAACUUAAUACUUAUUAGUGGGCAACAUCUUGGAGUUGUAAUGCUAGGUUGCCACAAUAACUAUAAUUUCUAAAGUUUUAUAUACUUUUAUAUUAUAGGCACAUUUUAAUAAUGGUAUGGUUUUAAAAGGUGGCAUUCUCGCUCGAUUAAUUUUCUAGUAGUUCAUAUACUUUAACACGUUGUUGGACUCUACCCGAAUGAAAAUUAGGUGCAAUAUGACACAUUAUAGUAUGUAAUGUUUGAGAAAGCCUUAAACCUUAUAAUUUAUUAGGGACUAUUUUUAGUAGAAAAGAAAGGGUUUUUAGUAGGUUUUAGAAAAUGUAAAAAAAAAACAGCCCUAACCGUCAUGUCACAUCACACCCAGUAAUUUCAUUGUGAUGCGACACGACUGCUUCAAGCCGUUAUUUGGCAAAAAAUAAGCUAACAUACCUACAUAAAUAUACUAUCUGAAAUAAAAAAAAGACUUACAAGUUAUACAACAUUAUAUUUAUUUGGCUAGGUAAAUACUAAUGAUACAACAAAUCAAAAGAAAGAAAACAAACAUAAUUUUUAAAACGAAAACAUAAAAAGCAUUGGAAAUUUAGCCAAAUACCACAAAAUAAACUAAAACCAAAGUAAACCUGACCACCCAUAGUUUUUUAUUAUGGUUAUUGAGUAUGCCAUUCCUCAAAACAUUCCGGGCAAAGAGCGGUUUUACAAACUUUACACCUAUAGCUUGUUUCUAUGCGUAUUCCAUUUUUGGUGCAGACUUUACACCGGAGAAAAUGAUUUUUUCUUUUAGCACCCCCCUGCAAUAGAAUUUUUUCUGGAAAAUGUCCAAUUAUGGGAACUUGAGCAUCCACCUGCGUAACCUUUUUUUGUAAUCGAUUUGAAUGGAUCGAAAGCUUACGAAGCAUAUCAUUAGGUGUCAUAUUUGCUUUAAUUUCUAUCAGCUGUCUUAUGAGCUCAUCGCAAAACUCUAAAAAUCUAAUGUUUUUUUUUUUUGUAAAGGUAAAACGAAUUCCACACUGCUAUGUCAAUUAGGUGAAAAAUCACUUUCUUAUUCCACUUAAUAGCUUUGCUCGGUGACGAAUAAUAUGAUGUCAUUUGAUCACAAUCUGUCGACGCCACUCAUAUAGGUAUUAUAAAUAAGGAAACUUCGGCUUAAUUUUUUUGACAUCGUAGCCAUUAGUUACUUCUAUUAAUUCAGGAUGAUUUAGUGUGGUUAUAGGCAAUACGUCUCGUUUAUCCUUCUAUUUGGAAAUAUAAACCUGUUCUUGCCUUCUCCAGGUGUAAUCGUCCUUUUUCAGUUUUUUUGUAACUAUUACUUUCGGGUUCCCUUUUCUGUUACCUCGAAGAGUUCUAACACUAUGUGUUUUUUUUUGUAAUAAGGUGUUGGAUAAUGAUACACUAUUGUAAUAGUUGUCCAUAUAUGCACACCUGCCCUUUAUUCAGGUAAGGAUUCAUAAGCCGAUUUACCAAGUCUUCAAUUUUUGAGCAUUUGACUUCUUCUUUUUCUGCAAAAUCUAUUUCUAUAUUGAGGACAAAGCCAUCAGCAGAGGUCAGCUCAUAGAACUUCAUGCCAUAUUUGGCUUUUUUGCCUUUCAUAUAUGUGCAAAAUCGGAGUCUUGCUCUAUGUAAUAAAAAGGACUCGUCAAGAGAAAGUUCUUUUUGAGGAGAGUAAGAUGAUUGGAAACUUUUAAUUAGCAUAUUCGAUAAAGGGUUUACCUUAGCCAUUCCCUUCGCAUUUUUAGGUGCAACUGACAAAAAUUGCAACAAUUGUUCGUAUCUUCUUCCAGGCAUAAUAUGCAAAAAAAAUAGAUGAAAAUACAACGGGUUUGUUCUAAAUAGCCGUCGCCUGUGGAAUAUAGAAACUUGAGCCUGUAAAAGGAAUAAUCGUAUAAAUUUUUUCAUUUCCUGAGAGGUUGGUUCGCGAAAAGUGCUUUUCUUGGUAUAGAGAGUUAGUGGCCUGUUUAUAUUGCAAACCGUUUUGCCAUAUUCAUUUGUACACCGCACAAGUUAUAAAAUGUCUGGAGUGAAAACUGCACUAAACGCUUCUAAAGGCGUCAUAUCAGGUUGUAGAUUUACCUUCACACCAACCUCGUCCUCAUUAAAAUAAAAUAAGGGUAUUUCUUUUACACUUUCCUUCCACUCUUCUAGUUCCUCUAUUUGUCCUGCUGCAUUAUCUUCUUCCUGCUCUAUGUCACUAUCAGAACCAGUGUCAAUGUCUUCCUCAGCCUCUUCGGAUGAAGGUGGUAAUUGUCUAUAGUUGUUUGAACUAGAAGGGUCCGGCGGAAGGGAACAGUCACUAUCUGAAUAGAAUUCCUCCUUAUUUGGGUCAAAAUUAAGGUCGGAACCAAAUUCUCCAUCAUCGCUAAAUGGAUCAUGAAUAGUUGAGUGAUCGCUGUCUUCUUUAUCGGAACUUGCGUCUUCAAAUAGACGUAAAAGACAAUUUUGUUCGCGCUCAUAAUCCCCUGCCAUCGAAAACAAUAUGUAAAUAAAUAGAAUAAUUUAAAAAAAUAAUACGCAAAUAACACACUUUUUAUAUUCCAACAAUUCUAAAUAAUUUAGUUACCCUUUUAUUUACAAAAUUCCAACCACGUGCAAUAACAAAAACAAAUACCUUCAUAAAUCGACACAGAAAUGAUGACGCGUGUCGUUUUACUGUCGCUUGGACGGCUACAGCAGUCAUGACGGCAGCAGUCAUGGGUCAAUAUAAGCUGCAAUUCGACACAUUAUAUAUAUUUACAAUAGCACGUUGUGACACAUCCGAAUUGGUAUUGACGGCUAUAGACGUUAUGUCAUAUUGCACGACUUUUAAAUCGACGGCUAUAGCCGUAGUGUCCAACAAUGUGAAGAAAAACUUCAGAAUAAGUCAAAUCGGUGUGGCCAAAAUUGUGAUUUUGCCCUAUUGUUAAAUUUCACGAGCAAAUCUUCAUUUAGGAAAAUGUGUUUUUCCUGUAAAGAAAAGGGAGAUUGGCAAAACUAGUAUUUCUUUAAAAUUAUGUCCCUUACUUUAGAAAGAGUUGCACAGAUACUUUCUUGAAAAAUUAUUAAAAAAAAAGGUAAUUCGACGCACCUUAAAUAUGGAAAAAACCAUAUACAACUGUAAUAACACUGCCCUAAUUUUUGAUAGUAAUCUUUACUACUCUUAUAAAUUAUUUAUUGCCGCUCUUAUUUUAGGCUGAUUUUUACGUACAUACAUGUAGGAAAAACCUUCAUCUGACAUCACUGCUUUUGUGUUUUAGUGAAACCAAUUCAACUCUUCAUUUUCUAAGGUAAAAAACUGAGUACCUACUUAAACGCACGUUGCCAAAAUAAUAAAUCUCCUGAGAUUUUCAAUAAUUGAUUUUAAUAAUUGGACUGUUUUUAGGAAAAAAAAAAGACCUAUCCCUUUCUUAUAUUAAAUUUUUACUUGCAUUAAAAGUGACGUUGCCAAAACUGUAUUUUUAGUUCCAUUAUAUAUUUAAAUACAAAAAAAAAUUUUUUUUUUUUUAGAAUAUGUUAAUGCCGGGUGGUCAAAGAUGAUUAGUUUUUUAAAAUUGGGAUUCUAUUAGUAAAACUAAUUAAAUUCUUCAAUCAAAGCAAAACUCUAUUAUUAUCGAUCAUUUAAGGUUAAAAGCCGAGUAGUUUCUUCAAUACAUAAUAAACGUAGGGUUGUCAAAAUUAUAAAUUUUCUGAGUUUCUCAAUAAUCGGUUCUCUUUUUAUAAAACACAAAUAAGCAGUGUUGCCAAAGCAGUAGUUUUUCCUAACAUUUUGAGUUCAUAAAUCACACAGAAUCAAAACUAACCUCACAUAACAUGAUCAGUUCUAGUGCUUAAAAUUUACCUCUUAUCAUUUAGAAAAAUAGUAAGAAAAACUCUCAAGCAAACUAGCUCAGUAUUGUCAAACUUUAUGACUCCCUGGAAUAAUUUUUAUUUAAAUAAGUAGAUGGUAGCUCCUUCUAAUGCAAGUAAAAGCGACGUUGCCAAAAAGUUUAUUUUUUUAUUAUAACUGCGUAAAAGUUUUACCAAAAAUCUAGAUUAAAGGGCGAUUACCAAACUUGAAAAUCUAAUAGGGCUAAAAUAAUGAAAGCAAAAUAUCAUUUUAACAAAAACCCAAUAAAUAAUGUUGAAUAUAUACUGGAUUGUAUAAUGUGAAUUGUAAAAGUAACAUUUACAAAAUACUGUAGGUUGUACGUAUUGUAUGUAAGUAAAUAGUUUAAGGAUACAGAGUGUAAAAAGUUGUAAACGAUUGAAUAGUUUGAUCAAACCAGUUAGACACUGCCAUUUAACUGUAAAGACCCCGCGGUUCCGGUUUUAGCGGAAACGGGUCGGAAUUUUUAAUUAAGUAGGUAAAUAUUAUUACAAUUAUUAUUAUUCUAAUUAUUAUUAAUAUUAUUAUCAAAAAUCGUAUUAAGUAGGUUCGAUUUUUUUAGUUAAAACAAUUAUGUGUUCGCAAUAUAUAUUUUAAUUAUACGGUUUUAUAUAAUUUUUUUUGGGGGGGUUCUAUAUAGGUCAAUGACGUUUGUGAUUUUUAUUGAAUUACUGUAAUGUGUUCUUGAGAUUUAGAUGAAGCGUAGGCCUUAAAAGUUAUUUUUUUUAUUUUUAAUUUUUUUCUUUUUUAUGGCCGAAUACUUUUCCAUUCUCAGUAGAGAGAAAAGCAUGGCUUAAGAUAAUAAUAAUUUAUUUUUCAACGUAAACUGCCAUUAAAACAACUGCCAAUUGUAGUGACUUACGUAAAAAUACGAACAAAUUGUGUCUAUGUUACAGAAAUUUAUUUAUUAAUUUUUUUUUGGUUAAAGUGCCAUUCCAAAGCGUCUCUAAAUUUAUACAUAGGGUGAGUGCACUAAUGUUAACUUCUUUAUUUUUGGAGAUUAGUUAAAUAAAAAAAAAAAACUUUUCUGCGAUUAUGGUCAAAUCACGAGACAGUUUUACCACUAACCAAAACUCUUUAAUUUACUCUCGACACGUGUUUCGCUAGCAUUGUUAGCAUUUUCGGGGGAAGAUUAAAAAUAGUUUUUAAUCUUUAAUACCAUUGAUCAUAAUUAUAAUUUAUUAUCCAAACUGUUUUGCCAAUAUUGCGGCUUCUUCAUAAAAAAAGCUUGAAGAAACGAAAAAUGAUAUAAUGUUUCUUUGAAAGAUCAGAUGUUAGUGAAACAUUUGUCAACUUUAAAUGACAACAUAUAAAAAUCAACUGUUAACAACAGCACAGAAGUAAAUAAAUAAAUUGUGAUCUGGCAACAAUGGCCUGACGUGUUUUUUCUUAUAUAUAUCCUGUUGUGUUUUCAUCCUCCUCUUUCAUAAGUCGUUGAUCAAUCAUCAGAUGAUGCCUCGUGUUUCUUCAUCAUUUAAGUUCUGGGAAUGUGCGACACAGUUUUGCAUAAAUUCAAAGUAUGUGCCAAGUAUAAAAUACGUGAUUUGAACACUCACAGAUGGUUUGUGCUUAAUAAACUUACAUGUCAAAUAGUGAUGCAAUAUUAUCAAAUAAAAUAUCUACAGCGCUGCCGGAUGUUAUAUAGUAUCUUUAAAAUAGCUAUGAGGUUAUUCUGAUAACUAACUAAUUUUGGAUUUCCAUUUAAGCAAUUAAAGUGAAAAAUAUAAAAAAAUUACUUAAAAUAUAAAAGUUUAAAUAUUUUCUUUGGUAUUAAAAUCAACUUGAGAUGAUAAGUCCAUAUAACUUUUUUUUGUCUAUAACAACAUUUCUUAUCGAUCUGUGUCAUAAAACUUAGGACGUCCCAUUUAAAAAGUUAACUUUUUAUUUUGAAUAAUUUAAAAGUCUUGGGUUAAAUUUUUUUCUGUUUUUACUACGUUAAAUUAGCUUUCAUAAUUUAAUUACAUUUGUAUCUCCAAAAAUAAAGAAGUUAAUAAUACUACUUUGAGUAAUUUCAGACCAUGUAUUAAACAGAUCCCCACUAUUUUAAUUUAGCAAAUAAUUAAAAAUUUUGUGUUCUUUUACUUGAAACUUAUCGCUUCGUAUAUUUUUAGUUUAGUUAGCGUCAAAUUUUCGAAAUGAUCUCAGAAUAUUACUUUCGGAAGUAACUCCUUGAAAAUUGUUUUUUUUUUUAAUUCGAUUUUCUUGUACUUAAAAAAUAAUUCAACGUUUCGUCGUUAUUUUAUUAAAAUAUCGUAUUAGACGCAGACUGAAAAAUACAAAUUUUUAGAACAGACUGAUUUUUUUUUUAAUAUAUUUUAGAUAUUUUUUCAAAAUUUCUCCGAAAAAUGUCUCAAAUAUACGAAAAUAGUUUAGGAUUUUUUUUUAAUGCUACUUGCUUCCAAUAUACAUGAUGUGAGUUUAGGCUUGUUUUUAAUUUUUAAAAAAACAGUUUUAGUUUUUGGAAGUUUGUAAAUAAACGAUUUAGUACUUAAUUUCCAUUAACAAAAUUCCGAUGGAAAGAAUGAUGUACCAUGUUGUAAAUAAAACAGUUUACAAAUUAAUUCAAAGCAAUCUUAAAUAUUAACCGAUAUAAUAUAGUGGAAGUUACAUAUUAAUAUACAAGAAAGAAAAAAGUAAUUUUUUACACAGGAUACACAAAACAAAACAAAAAUUAAGACUGUUCGAAUUAAUAAAUAUCUUAUAACUCGUUUUAGGGAAAUUUUUAUCGUACUAGUUGCAUUUUUGUAUAAAGUAUAUAAUUGUGUUCAAUUUAUUAACUUUAUUAUUGCAGUUUUUCUUAAGUGUGCUUAAAUGGUCUGAAAUAAAACGGACGUAAUUUAUAUGACUUGGAAUUUUAAGCCUCAGUUUUAAUUAUUUUGCAUUAUUUCAAUUCACAUUUAAAAGAAAACCUAUACAGCGUGAGCCAUUUACUACUGUCCAUAUUUCUUAAAAGAUGUCUUUAGUAGAUAUUAUUUAAUCCAGAUUAAAUAAUAUGUGUAUGAAAUAAUAUGUAUAAGUGGUAUGACCAAUUAUCUAAGAAUUGGUAAUUGGUGUUCCACUAGAAGGCUAUAUCCAAGUUGACUUGGUUUUAGUCCAAAGAGUGACUUGGAGAAUUUCGCUCACUACCACUUCAAAUAUCUGCAUCCUUCUUCUAUAUUGAUAAUAUACGAACUUCAAAAUUCCAAUAUAAGGAAUGAGUUGCUGAUUUAGAAUUGAAUUUCUUGUAAGAUUAUGGUGUUGAUCAAUAAUUUAUUGUUUCAUUGAUAUUCUUGUAAGCUUAACACGUUAACUGCCAUGUGUACCAUAUAUGGACACAGUCAAUUUUUAUUCAGCGCAUUGUGUACCACCAGUGGACACAGAACUUCUUACCUUCCAAGCCAUGUGUACAUGGGGCGGCCACAUUAAGCGUUGAUUCAAAUGUAUGUAUGGAUUGGUCUGGUGUAGGAAAUAGUUUGUUUGAGAAUGGCUCGGGAAUAUUUUUGUUUUUCGAAAUAAUAUGACACAAGAUAUUGACGUUUUUAAAUGAUACGUUUAUUUUUUCAAUGGGCAGUAAUUUAACAUGUAAAAUUGUUAUUUAUAAUUAUAAAAUAAACAAACAAAUUUUAAAAACAAAAUUCUUCAAAAUGAAGAGAUAAUUUUAAAUUUUUAAAAACAUGUUUUUAGAAAAAAACAGUCCAUACAAAUAAAAAUAUUUUCGUCACAACCUAGACAUACGUAAGAAACUCUUUUGGUAUUUUUUACAGCAUAGUUACGCCCCUGUUCUUGUGAGCUUUUUUCGUAGCAAUAUCUGCACCUGCCUCUUUUUAGCUUUUUCUCGUUAUCUGUCUUUUCGGAAACUUUGUGCUCUUUUGAGGGAUUCAUUGGGAUUGGCGGUACUGCCGUUUCCAAAAGUUGCAUGGCAAGAUUUUCAUUUUUUUUUACGAUUGAGGUACCUGUAAUAAAUUCAAAGGACAAUUUUCUGUACCAUUUAGCUGACUUUCUAAGAGAAUUUGAAUAAGCUGACAUUUGGUCUGACAUAUCAACAAAUUAUUUGACCUUAUUAUAGUCGAUUAUUGCAGAAGGUUUGAGCCUAGGAUCCUCUCUAUGGUGUACUUCCUUUAGUUCAUCUGUAUGUUUUGUGGAUAAGAAGAGCACGUCCCUCUUGUCAUGCCACUUCAUAACAACAACUUUAUUUUUAUUUUGUUUUGCAACAAUUUCCCCUUUUUUUAAUUUUGCAUCAACUACAGAUUUUGGUAGGUUUCUUCUGUUUUUACGAAUCGUUCCAACUAGAUGAGUUGAUCUAUUUUGCAACUUUUCCGCAAGAGGAAUAGAGGUGUACCAAUUCUCUCCAAAAAGGGUCCGGCCACUAUCAAGCAAUGGUUGCAACAUUUCCAUAACAAUAGAUUCCGCAACCGAUUGUCCAUUUAUUUUCUCUUUACCACAAUAUACUUUCAGAUACUUUAUAAACUUUAAUGCCGAACUUAUGUCGUUUUCCUUUUAUAUACUGUCGAAAAGAUAAUUUACCUCGAAAAGGUAUCAUGGUUUCAUCGAUGCAAAGAGACUCUUCUGGAAUAAUGCAGAAAGAAGCAUUCUUAUUCAGCAUAUCAACAAGACAUUGAAUUUUAUGAAGCCGGUCAUUGGGAGGACAAUCUUCAUUAUUUGCCAAAUGAAACAUACGUAAAAGCAGCUCAAAUCUAUUCCGCGGUAAAUAUUUUGAUAUUUCGUAUUUAUAUAAUGCAUGUUUGCGCCAAUAAUCUUUUAGUGAUGGUUUUUUAUCCAAUCCCAUCCAAAUUAAAAUAACAAUAAAUAUUCGUAUUUCGUUAUAAUUAGUAUCCACCCAUGCAUUUAGGCGAGAAUAUUGGCCAAUAUUUUCAUUCGUUAUGAAAAGGAUAAUUUGCUGUUCCGCGUAUCUAUUUGUUUCGACAACGAUCUUAUUAAUAACAUCGUCGGAUACAAGUAAUUCAAAAAAAUGAAGUUCAUCCUUACCGCGCAUUUGGGUCUGCAAGGCUAGUGAAAUUCCAAUAUUCAUUGGUAGAGUGAAUGUCGAAAAAUGUCCUGAAGCUGGUCUCCACUCCGGUCUUUCAUCAUUGCCUGAAGAAUCUAUGUCUAUAUCUAACUGAGCAGAUGUUGAAGGCUCGGAAGUAUUUAAAAAAAUAGAGGGUAGUGUAUAAGAAGAUAAUCAUUACUAGGAAGAGAAAAUAUGAAUUUUAGACGUUAAAUUUGAUAUACAUAAGUAUUCCACUUAGUUUCGUACGCGAGUUAGUAUAUUGAAACUUUUUACAGUACUGUUUUUUUCUAAUAACAUUUUAGAAAAUAAACUAUGUAUAAAAAAUGGACUUGCCAAACCGCCUACGUACCUAACUGACGUACAUACUUCAUCUUUUUCUUUUUAGGGCGGUCUUCUUCAGAACUGCUUGAAGAUAUCUCGCCGGCCAAAUAUGUCGGAUCCAAGUCAGAAUCUGAGAUAUUUGAAAACUCGUCACUCAUGUCGAGGUCUCUAUAAAUCUCUAUUUCUUCUGCUGCAGCCUCCAGUGCUUGUUGCAUAUCAGUAUCAGAAAUAAUUCUUUUCUUUGCCGCCAUUGCUCCUCCAAAUUAUAGCCCACAAAACAACAUGUCUUUACACCGAUGUUUAUAGAAGGAAUGACUGAAGAAGGAAACAAACAUAAAAUGCACGUGGUAUUUGCGCUUCUAGUGAAAACCGUACAACUGCUGCCAUCUCUCCAGGCGAAUCAAAAUUGACCUUGUAUGUGUCCAGAUAAGGUACACAUGGCACACGACAUUAAAAAAUAAAACCUGUACAAUCAGGUGCCAUGUGUACCAUAUUUGGACACAGCUUUUUUAAACUAAAAAAAGCAGAAAUUACAUAAAUUUUUACACAUCGUUCGUUUUGAUGCACACAGACACUGUUUUUAAUAAAAAAGUUACGUGGCCCGUAGGACUCGGAAAUUUUUUUUUUCCGGUAAUUGGGACUGGCAGAUAACGUGUUAAGGACAUAGUGAAUAACUAGUACAAAAAAAUCUACAACAAUUCAAGAAACUUAAGUUAUAAGACUCAUUAAUCAGACUUAUUGCCUGUAAAAGUUUUUUCCUAAGAUCUGAAUGAGUUACUCCUAUUGAAUCAGAACUGUUCUUCAAAAAGAUCGUCUGGUGUUAUAAGAAUAUCUUAAAAAAAGAUAUCUGUAUCUUGUGCUUGGUUGUAAAGCAACGAUUAUAAAUUGAAAUACUUAAUAUUAGUGUUUUUAUUAAGGUUGAAACAGUAUCAGUGAUCUUUGUCAUAUGAAUAAAUGCCACCAUUUAUGUUUCACUUCAUAAGUUUAUUUAUUUUCCUUGGUUGCUUCUCUCACGAUAGCUGUAACGAAUAGAUUUUGUGCAGAUAUGUCACAAAAUAUACCGAUUCCAAUUGCUCUCAAUUUAUUGUAGAUGGAGACUAUAAUCCUAGAGUUAUGCACAUUCGAAUUAAAAUAGCAACUGUAACCUUCGUCUCAAUUACGUGAUUUUUAGUUAGAAUUUCUUUGAGUGCCCAAUUUAAGAACUUUCAAUCCCAUUUACCCAUGUACGAUGUGUAGUUAUCAAUUAAAUCCUAAUAAAUGAGUUAUAAAAUAGCUGCAUCUCGUUGCUAAAUUUAUCUUUCAUUGUGAGUUCGUUUUUCUGCUCUGCUACUGUAGAUACUCUUUGCCGUAUUAUUUUAGAAUUGUCUGUUUUCUUGAUCUAUUUUUAUCGCCUGACCUCGAUAUUUACAAAUAUUAAUUCCCUUGAUUAUUAUGGUUUUAGUUUAGCUACUAAGGACUUCGCCAAAGCUUUUCUUUUAGUUGCUAUUGCUUGUUUUUGUUUUUUUUGUCUAAUUGCUUUUAUUUAAAAUCACCAAAUAAUUUAGCUAUUACCUCCUAGCACUACUUAAUUUUAAAACGGACUUUCUCCACUUAUUCCUUAUUCGCCAGGAAGUUUUUACGUAGUAAAUCAUCGAAGAAGAUAUCCAUGCCAUUGCUGCUGCCACUUCCCUACUGAUUACUGAUUUGUAUUUUUUUAUUGUUAUUUUGGAUUCCAAAUGGCCUUGACUCUUAUCAUUGACCUAUCAAGUUCUUUAGGUACAUAUGUGAGUUUAAAAGUCCAAAUUAACUGAUCUUAUUUUUAUCCAUUUGUAACGGUAUUCAACUAGGUUUCGUACGUGGUCUACGAAGGUUUGUUUUAAUAUUUGGAAAUACUUUAUUAAACUUCAUCAAAUGUAUCUUAAAGUCCAGAUUAGAUAUGAUCAUUGGGAGAUAUGAUGGUUUUAGUCCAAAUAUAAGGACAUAUUUUAUAAACAUGUCGAACAUUUUGUGGAACUCUAUAAAAAAUAAUGAUAUCUAUCAACUUAUCUUUUGAGAUAUUUUUAAUGUAUCUCAGAUUAACAGAGAUCAAGAAAUAAGUCUUUAUUAUUUAUAUCCUUCUAUGGUUUUAAUAAAAAAAUAAUUAAUCUCAGGCACUGUUUUAAAAUUCCAAGUUCUCUACUCUGUCUAACUAACGUUUUAUUUCAGACCUAACAAGUAUCGAAUAAAAUAAAACAAAAAUUGGAGAUUGUUUAACGACGAAGAAAGUUUUUGAACUAUGAAUGUUAAAAUAGAGGUAUAGAAAAUAAAUAAGGGUUAGUCUCACCACAUACUCCCCACACCAGGGUAAGUGACGAGACGUGGUGUUGAUUGAUCUAAAAAGUAGUGAUAAGUGUUAGUGAAAGAAUAGAGAGUAUUUAAAAGAAAAAAAAAUGGUUUGUAAAAAGUAUUGCUUAUAAUAUUAAUGUGAAAGGGUAUAAUUUGAACCUUUGAUUGGUGUAUUAUUAAUAUAUAAUUGAAAUCUGUUAGAAGUUACGUAAUCGUCAGCAGCUUUACUUUUAGGGCACGGAUUGAAUAACUCUUGGAAGGCAAUAGAGUUGAAAAUGUCUAAGAUGCAAUCGGUAGUUAUUGUAGUGAUAUUUGAAUGAAAUAUGUUAGAUGGUUUUCUUGUGGUGGUGUAAAAGCAGGAAUAAAAGUAGCAAAUUUUUUUAUUUUUAGAAAAUUGGUGCCCAACGUGGGACAAAAAUAAAAUGAUGGAAUUGCGAAAUUUACUUAGUUUGUGAGUUUACAGCACCAAAAGUAAACCUAGAGUGUACAUAAAGCUGUCAAAGUAUGGAACAAUUUCCAAUAAAUCAUGUAUAUAAUUUAAUUAUCUGUAAGUCUAUAAUUUUUGCCUCUCCUACAUUAAACCAACAAAAUUGAACCCGUUUUUUAUUUAACUGUUUCGGUUAGAAUGUAAACAAAUUCUACCUCACUGAUUAUCUAUAGGUUUUUAUUUUCGAUUUUUUGUUUGUUUGUUUUCUCCUUAAGCUCGGUUUUUUAUGGUUUAAUUAACUUCUAUUGCGGUAUAAUAAAAGUGACUAAUUUCACCGUAAAAAACUUGAGCUAAAAGUGCUCCUUAGUUAGCGAUAUAUUAGUUCUGUUCGAAUCUAAGACUGUUUGCAGUGAGGAGUUUUUUUUAGUUUUAUUAUUUUAAGGUUUCUACACCUAACUGCAUUUUAAUUGUGAUUCGGCAGAAUAAUUAUUAAGAAUAUUUUAUUUGUAUUUAAAGCUAUUAAAUAAAUUUGUGUAAAUAAUAA